UCAAUAGCUUUGUGUUUUGUUGCAGAUGUGGAUGGUUUGUCACACAGAUAAUGCACGAUGUCGCGAAUCGUAAAUUGUUUCCUCAUCUGUAUUGCAAUGACAUAGCAACACCCGGUGUGAUCAACAGAAGGGGAACCAUUACGUCCUUAGCCAACAGACAGGGUGUACUAAUAUUCGAGUCUGAUAGUGGUCGCCUGGAGCAAGUGUUCUUCCUGGCCAGUAAGCUGUACGUUCGCGGCACUCGGGUGAAGGCGGCCCUGAACAGCUCGCGUGACCUUGAGGAGGGCACAGAGGUGACCUUUGACGCAGUGCCCUGUCACAGUCACGAGAACGAGUUCGAUUGCCAGUGGUUCGCCACUGUCGUCUGGUACCUCUGCAAGAAGCCUCGCAUGGAGUAUGACCUGCAUGAAAAGCACAUCGAGGAACUCACCUUCUUCAACAAGAUCCGAGUGUUAACAAUGGCGAGUCCGCUUGAGAAUUGCACCGUGGAAGAACAACAUGCUGUGAUCAGAUUUUUAGUCGCAGAAGUUCAUCAUUUAUUUCUACAUGUCUACAAACAAUUUGGCAACAAUGCCGAGUAUGGAAUCGCCCUGGGCUCAAUCAAGCCCAAUGUCUGGCAGAGCAUUCUCUUCCAUAGGAGUAUGUGCUUCCUUUUCAAACUCAACCUAUCUACCAAAGACUUGAGGGAAAUCUUCAAAAAAGGAGACAAGAUAAAUUUCAUAGCAGUGCCGUCACCUAAGAAGUACAUAGCUCAAAUGAUUGCUACUCAGAUAAGUAUCUACUCUGAUCCAAGACUGGGGCCUCAGAUGUGAACGGAUCCAACAUAAAUCGCCAGUUACCACUCACUAGAACUUGGUGCAUUAUUUAAUAAAAUAAUUAUUUUUAUACGUGUUUGGUAGAUUUUCUAAUGUUGGAGGAACUUUGUUAAUUUUGUACAGGUAAAUUUUAUCUAUUCCAAUAAUUAUUUUCAUAUGUGUUUGGAUGAUUUUCCAAUGCUGUAUUGAUUUUUGUAUGAGUACAUUUUAAAUAUUGUAUUUUUUCUUUAGAGCUACUCUUGAAUAUAAAUAAAAAUAGAAAUCCAAGUACUGUUUUUAAAAAUUAUUUAGUCACAAUAUGUUUCGACUAUAAUGCCAUUAUAAAGUGAUUGGAAAAUAAGUUAUUUUCCGAAACAUAUUGUGACUAAAUACGUUUUAAAAAGAGUUCUUAGAUUACUAUUUUUAUUUAUAUUUUCAACCUUAUUGAAUGAAAAAGACUAAGAAAUUGUCAAAUACCACAGAUUUAUUGAUACUUAGAAAGACCGGUUUUGGUUAUUACACCAUUGUCAAUCUCUGAUUAACUGAGAUAUAUCAGAGGUUUAUCAGAGAUUGACAAUGGUGUAAUAACCGAACCGGUCUUUCUAAGUAUCAAUAAAUCUGUGGUUUUUGACAAUUUCUUAGUCUUUUUCAUUCAAUAUGAAUAAUUACCACAAUAUCAACUUCUCAACUACACAAAAAGUGAAAAAAAAUUCAACCUUGUUCGUGACUUAGUAUUUAGAUUUAAGGAAGUAUUAAAUUCGACUAGAUUCAUGUAUUGUCAAGUGUAAUAUUAUAAUAAUUAUUUGUAAGAA